CUGAAUAGUCGAUGCUGGAAGCUCGUAGUGCGAGUGUCUGUGUUUCUUCGUCCUUUGCGCCUUGCCGUGCUCGCGACCCGUACAUGAAUUCUAUACAUACACGGUCUAUAGAAGCAAAGCAAAGAGGUUCUCGUUCACGUUGACUCGCGCUAUCCUCGUGAACAGGUGGACGUCGUCGAGGUCGCUCGCCUUGCUACACGAAACGAGCGUCGAGCCCGAUAAUCGAAUUCCACCAACCGGACCGAAGGAAGACGCCGCUCAGCUGCGGACAGAGACGAAGGGAGAAGACUAAGGGGGAUCGGACGUCGUCGUCCCUCUGACAGUCCUCCCCGGAUCGUUUUCAGCCGGCUGCACACGUUUCCAGCGACGUUCAUCGACGGCCUCGAACGAGCAACGCCGACGAAACUGGAGCGAUCGUCGGCCAUAAGGAGCGCGAUCGUGGUGGCUCGGCCUUGAAACGCCCGUUGCGACUUUAAUCGCGUUCGAUUGUACCAAUUCGAUCCUGCGAUGGGGCGAGGCUGCUCGAUCAGCGGCUGCGAUUCGGUGAACCGGUAAAGUCGCGGUCGGCGACUGUAUCCUCCUUGUCCCCGAGUCGCGAGGGCAAGUAACGGAGGUCGGUGAACGAAUGCGCGGACCCACGACACCGGAGGAUGCCCGGCUGGCCCCGUUCGACAUGGGAUAGAUGAUAGAUCGCGAAUAAUGGGGUGGUAGAGCCAGCGGGAAACGCAAAAUGGAUUGGGUGUCUCGGCUCAGGUAGCCAGAGACUACGACGGAGUCGCGGGCGCCGGAGCGAGACGAGCCCUGAUAAACCAGUGCGAGACUUGUGCCUCUUGCGACGAGCUGACGUGUCCGGAUCGAGGAUCCAGGAUUUGCCGAGUCCGAUCCACCAGAGACUGCGCCGUUUCGCGGAAAGACUGAACGCCGGCAGAAAAGAAAAGACUGACUCGAUCGAAUCAUCCCCGCGGUCGUUGAUCCAUCGGCUACAUAUCGUGUUCCUUAGAUUCUGCCUUUCUCUACGUUUUUCUCCUUCUAUCGUGCUCUUUGCCCUCGCAUAUCUUUCAGAAAUUGUUCAGCGUGGAUAUACGCAAGUGUAGCCCGCGCGUACCUCUAACCGGAACUCUAUUGCUGCCUAAACGCGCGCGCGCGACACCCCUUUUUCUACGGUGAAAAGCACCUGACAGACUUGUAUCGUGCGAACGAGAUUCUAGUUUCGCUCCGGGAGAGACGACUUUCCGUUUCGGAGUACUUGUCGUGCAACAGAGACUCCGAUACCGAUCGAAACCGGUGAGACAAAGAGAAAGAGAGAGAGAGAGAGAGAAGCGAAAACUCGUAAUAGAGCAGGAUGGGUUGUGGACAGAGCAAGAUCAGCAACAUCUAUCCGAAGAACAAGAAGAACAAGAACAACAGCGGCAAGAAGAACGGCGAAUCUGUGGGUUCCGCGUCGGUGGAACAGAAAAACGGCAACGGAAACGCGAAGAACAACAAGACGAACAACAACGGGGUCGAAGUGAACAGGAACGAGGAGCAGAAUGGUACCGGCGAUAAGGGCAAGAAGAAGCCGAGUGCACCUGGAAACGGUCCUCUGUUGCAGCAAACAGAGAUAUCCACCAGCCAGCUCGACUUCUUCAAGAUGCUCGACGAGAAGAUCGAAAACGGUCCGGACUACGACGAGAGCCUGGACGCGACGACCCGGGCCGAGCGACUCUCCAGCCAUCUGCGGCAGUGGGAGCUAGCCAGCGUGAGCUGGUCGAAUGUCCGGAACUCGAUCUCGAACUCGUCCCGACACAGCCUGAGCGCCAAGGACCGGGAGGGAAUGAGAAACAUCGUGGGCGGCAGGCCGGAGAGCGCGCCCAUCUACACGAGGAACGCGAACAGGGUGGACGGUCUGCAGGAGACCCAUCAUUGCCCCUCGCCGAGCAUGCCCCGGCACGUGUUGGAGUCGAUCACGCAGAGUCCCACGCAGAGCUUGAAGAACGCGACGCCGCCGGGCAGCGGCUCGUCGCCGACCAGCCUGCGCUAUCACGACACCUAUAAGGAGUGCAACGCGAACCAGCCGUUGAAGUCCGUGAAGGUGCACUACGCCGGCCAGAGCCCCGUCAACGGGGAGUACGUGACGCAACAGGCGCUCUAUCGCGAACAGUAUUUGCAGCAGACCGGAAUAAUCACGGUGCCGCCGCAGUACACGGCCGGCUCGCCGGCCGGCAACCUUCUCAGGAACAAUCCGUACGUGCAACAGUAUCAGAUCACCAGUCCCCAGCAUUUCUCGACGCCGAGGAAGCGCGGAUUCAACGCCGCGCAAAUGACGUGACCGGGAUCACCGUGUACCACCAGAUAAGACUGAACACGAGACGCUCCGAGAGUCCGAGAGAGUGAGUACAGAGUAGUCGGCCAGAGUACAACGAGAAGAGCAAACAGAAAGAGAGAGAAAGAGAAAGGAUAAAGAAGAAAGAGAGAGAGAGAGAGAGGGAGAGAGAGAGCAGAGAACAACAACAUCCCGGACCGAGAGAUCGCCCGCGACGCGGUUGAUCAUCCUCGGAUCGUCCCAGCGACGACGCGACUCUGCGAGCGAACAGAAAGGAGAGAGAUAGCCCCUCCCGGCGGCUGGAGACUGACCAACGGACGGAGAACGAUACGGAUGCUUCUCUGUAUGUUCCUAACACGAUUCCGUACAUAUUUUCCAAGCGAUCGGCCGUUCGCCGUAGUCAACGGACACAACGCGUCGCGUAUCUCCGCGUUUAAGUCGGUGUUUUGGCCUAAAGACGAGUCGUCGAUCUUUAGUUCGGAAACAACGCGACGAUCGUCGUAGAAUCUACCCCUCGUAUGCCCCCUAGCCCUACCCUCCGUCUGAUUCUUCGAAAGUCUUACCAGAAUUCUUCGCUGCAAGUGCCAAAAAAUUGUUACGCGUCGCGCAAGCCCGAGCGCGUCGCGGUCAAACGAGAGACAUUGUCCGUUGAAACGAUACUCCGUUCAUAUUGUAAUUCGUGUAAAUUGAUAACUUUUUCGAUGUGUAUAUGAUCUAUACAUACAUACAUAAAUAUACGUAUAUGUAUAAUGUACAUGCAUAUAUGUAUGUAUUAUGCGUAUAAUAUUGUUCUGUUUUCGUUCGUUCCUGUAUUUCGUUUCUCUUUUUCUAAUCGGGUAGCGUAUCCGUGUACCAGCUCUUUGGUAAGUGUAUAUUUCUCCAAACAGAAAGAUAUUGUACAAGCGAAAUAUUUCAGGAAGGAAACAGCGCUGAUCUAUCAAUUUCGCCGUAGCGUUUUGUAUAAUUGUAUUAGCGGCAUAUAUUUCCGGAUAUAUACACGUAUCUAUAUAUACGGAUAUAUACACAUAAUAUCUAUAUACUAUAUGGGUGCGUGUAUGUGUGUGUCUGUAUGUGUAUGUAUAUAUAUGUAUAUACACGCGCGCGCCUCACCCCAUCCACCUACCCACCCACCCACCCACUCACUCACUCACACGCAUACACACAGAUAUACACCUGGCAUAUACGUAUGGUAUGCAUUUAUGUAUGUAUCGAGACCGUUGAAACGACAGAUCCACCGACGAGAGAAAGAAAAUCAGACAUCGGAUGUGUGUAGGAAUCUUUUACUUAUACCGUGUAUAGAUUCGCUGUAUAUGUAAUGUACUUGUAUCGAUAUACAUUUAACUUAACGUGAUGACUGUAUAUUUAUAUGUUGACCAUGUUUUCGAAGGAAAAAGAAAGUUAACUAUAUAUAAUAGUUGAUGAUGAUGAGAAUUUUAUAUUUCAUGUUACUACGAGUACGCUCUGUAUUGUGGGAUACACACUUCAAACGAAUUCGCUGCAUCACACUGUCGACAACUGUGACUACUACUAUCUUUUGUUCCGUUGAACAAUUUUUUUUUUGUACAAAUAAAUUCGUAAUUUUUCCCCAAUGAAA